GCGUGCCCACUGCUUUCUCUUUGACUUCAGUGUUGGUCCAUUCGUAUCUAAUAGAGUACAUAUUGGAAGUACUGAAAUUACAAGUUAGUAUAUCAAACUAAAUUCUACUACUUAAAAUUACCAAAUCAACACUUGAUUGUACUUAAUUUACAUGACAGUCAAAAAUAGUUCUUGGGCUUUUAUAUAACUAUUACAGAAAUUAUUUCAGUACUUUUAUUCCGAGACUUCAAUUUAGUUCAAACAAUUAAGAGAUUUCCAUGGAUUUAAUGUGAGAAUAAAUGCAAAGAGAUUUCUGAACUUGACCAUCCAUUAACACGUAAUUAAAGUGCUUCAUUUAAAAAUGCGCAAUUCAGUGAAAGUGACUUUUUACAACAAUUAUAUCUAUGGUUGUACAGCUUGAUAAUAGGUUCGUUGGAAAGAGGCCAUGUAACUAAACUUUAUGGUUUUUUAUUUUCUAACGAUAUCCUAUUAAAACCAUUUUUUUCAAUAAACCACUUAGUCUGAACAGUGAAAGCAAAACACCUUUAUUUAUUUCAUUCUGUUAUCAUCACAAAAAUGAUUUUAUUAGACAGAAAAGAUCUAAACAGAAAGGUAACGGGAAUCUACUAUUUAUGUUGGCAUCAAGGCCAGAAAAAUGUCAGUCAUUUGUUCGACAGAUAUCAUCACGAAAAAAAGAUGCGAAUCAAACUCUAGUCAGUGAUUACAAAAUAAAGAGAAAUGAACAAAAUGAUGUAUUUGAAGAAACCUCUUGUAUGCCACGAUGGAUGAUAUCCUGUCAUAUAAGCGAACAAGCCCUAAGGGCAAGAUUGUUACCCUUGGCUCGAGCACAAAUACGUCGACAUAUUCAACAAGGAAGUCUUAUAUUGUGUCCUAACAUAAGUAACAUUGAAUCAGACAGAAGGUCAGAAAAAAGAAUUUCUGACAGUAAGGUUUCAUUAACAAAAAUCUCAGAAGAUGUAUGUGGUUUCGAAGGAGAUGACCAGCAAAUUUUAUUCACUAGAGAACUUACCAUACCAAACCAGAAACUUAUUUCUUUUAAUGAGUCAUUAAAGUCAAAUGGGGUAAAUGUGGAACAGUACCAGCACACUAAACCGUAUUUCUUGAACGAACUAUUAAAAUCUCAGUGUUCUAGACAUGAUAAACGAAAAGUUUCUGAUUCUCCAUUUCAAGAACAAGAUGAAUUAAAAGCAAAGUCACAUUUGUUAAGUGACCUGUUACUAUUUCAACAGUCCAGACUAAAAAGAUCUGAGCCAACUCCUCCUCACUAUUAUAUGAGUUCUAUUGAUAAUCUACAAAGUUUAUACAUGAACCGAUGUUAUACAUCACCAAUUAAUUGGCCAUCUUUAUUACCUAAAAAUUCAGAGUUCAAAGAAACAAGCUACAAUUUAGGUGAAACGAUUCCAUCUUCAUCUAGCCAAGAAAAGUACUACACUACUGAUAUAAUACAAUCAAGAAAUUUAUUGGAAAACGAGAAUUCAUCAUCUAAUAUAAAUGAUUCAUUUGAAAAUGGUUCAAAUUCAGUUGCUAUAUGGAAAAUAAUGCCUGGAAGAUUACUUCGUAGAUCUAAAACUCAAUAUAUAUUGAAUAAAAGUCAACAACUGAAAAAUGAUCAAAUUUGUACGGAUAAUUUGAAACAAACAAAGAAUGAAUUGAAAUUAAAUUUUAUGAUUGAGAAUGUUAAUAAUCAACACCACAGGAAGGAAUCACUGGAUUCAAACGUUAUCAAUGGUACUUCAGAAGUGGAACUCUUGAGGCCAACAGAAGAUACACAUGAACGAGAUAAUGACGGCUUUAGUAGCCGUUUCAAUAAUUCCUACUGGUCUAGCCGACGUCAUCCAGGUUAUAUUGAACGUAUGCAUACAAUAGGUUCUGUUUCAGAUCGUAAAAGAUUACUUCAAGAUAAUAAUAGUAAAAACAAUAAUGACAGAAAUUACAUCGCUCUAGAGAAAUACAAAUUUGUCGAUUCAGUUGAUUUGAUCACCUUGAAACCUAAAACAAAAUCUUUUCUACCACAAAUACGUCAUUCUGUCUCAACAGAAAAACACUGGAACAAAAAUAUAUUGGCACUCAAUUCCUUUGAUUUAACUGAUCAAACUAAUCAUUCCAGUUCAUUACCAAUGUUAAUUAAACCACCACCGCCUAGUCCGGAUGUAAAGUUUUUAGAUUUCUCAUGAAAUAUCGAAAAAUUAUAUAUAUAUAGA